AGUCAGCAACAGUCGCAUCGUUUCUUCUCCUCUCCUCCCUGGCGCUGGUUGCUAAUCAUGUGAGCAAGCGGGACCUACGGCAACUUGACGCCGGGUUUGCGAACCGAAUAGCCGGCAGCGAGAAGCGGAUAGGCCGCCGGAAGGCUCACAAAAGCUCUUUUGCAACGUUUGGCGGGAAGGGAACAACGGGGAAAAAAGAGGCGAGUCAAGACGAGCCAGGUACUCAAGGCAAAAAAGAAUUUCCAGCUGAGAUUUUCAAAGUUAAAUCAACACACAGGUCGGUCCCAGCGAGCAUGCCGUCACCCCGUAGGUAGCUAGCGGGACCGUCCGCCCGCCUGGCCGGCGAUGACCGGCCCCGACUCCCCGAGCCGGGCGUCCAAGCUGAGCCGGAAAGGACGCUCCAAAAGCUCCAGCGCCCACUGCCUUCUCCGGCGGGCCGCCCGGGAGGAGUCCAGCGAAGGCGGCGGUAGCAGCAGUCCCGACCGCCGGGAGGAAGAGGAAGAGCACAAGGACGGAGGCCUGCUCCUUUACGUCAACCGUGCCGGCUUCCCCAUCCAGGCAGACACCUGGGAGAGGAUGUGGGCCCACGUGGCUGCCGUCCACCCCGGCGGACAGGAGAUGGUGGACGGGAUACGUAAUGCCGCCUACCUGCCCAAGCAUCAUGUCCCGCCGCUGCCCAAUUUCAAGCCCGCGAUGUCCGUGCCGGACUGGCUGGUGGUGGUCCAGAAUUUUAUGAAGGCUCUGCAAUACAACCACACGGGCACUCAGUUCUUUGAGAUUAAGAAGAACCGGCCUCUUUUUGGGUUGAUGGAGACAGCGCGCGAGAUGGUACGGGAGUCGCUGCCCAUCAAAUGUCUGGAAGCUGUCAUCCUGGGAAUCUACCUAACCAACGGGCUGACGUCGCUGGAGCGUUUCCCCAUCAGCUUCAAGACGCAAUUCUCAGGCCACUGCUUCCACCACGUGGUCCUGGGCGUCUACUGGAACGGACGCUACGGUUCCCUGGGCAUGAGCCGGCGCGCCGACCUGAUGGACAAGCCGCUGGGCCACCGCACGCUGGGCGAGCUGGUGGCCGACUUUGAGAGCUCUUACAAGCGAUACCAGCACAGCCUCAACAAGGUGAAGAUUGGCCUGUACGUGCCUCACGACCCUCACGUGUGCCAGCCCGUGGAGUGGAAGUACCUGGUGCUGAACGCCGCCAAGAUGGCCGCGCCCGAGAUCAAGCGGCAGCUGGAAAAACACGGCCGAGACAUGAGGAUGAAGAUCUUGAAAUCGUCCAGCGCUCAGUCACCCAUCAAGGAGCGAAGCCGCGGAAAAUCGCUGUCGCCUCGCCGCCACCGACGGCAGGGUAGUAGCCCGCAGCGACGGUUUGGCCGACGCAGAGACAAGUCGCCAGCGCACGUGGAGAGCAAAUCUCCGCAACUAAGCACGCCCACUGACGGCUAUCAGAUUCGAAUCUGACCGACGUCUGUACGCGGUGCCACUUCGUCGGGUUCUGGACUCGGAUUCAAAAAGUGAGAUUUCUCCCGUUUCCGAAGAUGUAGGCCGCCAUCGACGGUGACCGACGAACCAAAGUUGCUUUACAAAUUGGCUGUUUUUCCACGGAGCACACAUAACUUUGGCACGACGGCACUUAUGACACUCAAAACGUAGGAAACGCGUUCCGGAUCGACUUGAAUCCAAUCUGUUUGCACUGGGAGAGCGCUGGCAUUGAGUCUCAAAUUGGCAUAUUUUCCCAUCGAGUUUGGUCAAGCGACCUCACCGCGUGCUACUUUUACCAUAUCGGCUGCCUUUGACAGCGAUAGAUGUCCCAUUUGGACCGGAAGUCUGUCGCCGUCAACGGCUCUGAAACAGAAUGAAGUUGUCUAUUGCAGCGAAUAAUAUCAAGACUGGAAAAUAGCGCCAAAAGUGAGCUGGAUUUUUAGAUGAAAACAAAUCUUAUUUGUAGCUCUUCUUUCAAUCUUUUAAGCACCACGAUGUAGAGAAUCAUUUUCUAACCGCUGCCAUUUGCCUGCAUCCGUGGAUUUUUACAGCGGCCUUUCAUUUGUGGGCAGUUUGUUUGACGGUGAUUUUCAAAACAAGUUUUUGACUUGAAUGUUUUCUCCCUCGGUGUUGGAGAGUGCUGUAAAAGUGGCUUGUUCCAAACGCAAAUGUGAACAGAAUGUUUUUGUUGUGAACCGGAACAAAAAAGUGUGCAGUGUGACCUCUGACCCCCCCACCCACCUGAAUUGUUGUGAUGUCAACAGACUUGCUGUGACAACCGUGCACGUCUUCUUUAUAAACAAUAAACUGGAUGUUUUUAUUUUAUAUAUAAGCACAAAAUUGAACUGUCUUUGGAACACUAUACAAACAAUUAAAAUUGUAGGUCUUUUUAAACUC